UAGGCGUGGUCUCCAGUCUAAAAUAAUCUACAAAUGGCACUGAGUGAGAGUCUUAGCGGAUCCUCUGGGAGGAAGUCUCCACUCAAUCUGAGGGAAGAUUUAUCCAAGAUUUAUGACAGCUUCUUCCUGGAGUCAACUCUCAUGGCUGAAUACUGUCAGCUCCUCAAGCAUCCUGUUCCUGGUGUUUACAUUCUGCCAUCCAGUGUAUCCUCACUGAUCUGGUAUGGGAUUAUCUGUCUGAGAGUUGGGAUCUACAAGGGAGGCAUUUUCAAGUUCAGAGUGUCAAUACCAGCCAACUAUCCUGAUGGUGGAUGUCCGGAGUUUGACUUCCAGGCAGGAGUGUACCACCCCCAGGUGGACCUCGGCACUGGGCAGCUGGACACUAAGAAAGAGUUCCAACGAUGGAGAAGAGACGUCAACCACAUUCAUCAUCUUCUCAAGUAUGCCAAGAGUAUUUUCAACAAUGUGGAUGUACACGACCCUUGCAAUGGAGAAGCGGCUAAGUUGUUCAGAACUGAUUUGGAGAGGUACAAACAGAAGGUUGCUGAGAGCAUUGAGCAAUGUAGAGAGGACACUCUCAGCCCGGACUCGUCAGACCCACACAGUAUCAAGUGUGGUAUAUCUGAAAUAUACCACGUGACCGCAGCACUAUCAAAUGGCUAGUUAAGAAACAAGUCGUCACCUACAGAUGCUUAGGAGCUUCCUAGGUCCGAGCGUUGGGCAUUCGACGAAAUAUAUCUUAGCCAUCUUGUUGGAGAGCAGCUUCUGUGUAUUCUGCCGGCGCUUUUGGAUUCUUAGUACCUUCAAGCAUGGCUCUUUUCUGUUUGCUUACACUUUCUUGAACAAAUGAAAAAACUCGAAAAAUACCUUGAAAACUGUGCAUGCCUGGGGCUGUGUUAUUUUUGUAUUGAUUGUAGAGCGUACGUUGCGUGGCCAAUGAGAUCAAUUAGUGUUAGUGGUGACGUAAGUGUGGUAUAAUUAAGGAUAUUUU